CCCAGCAGACUUGUUCCUGCCUGGAGAGAGACACAGACAGACAGAGAGAGCGCUGCUAAAAAUCAAAUAACUUUAAGAUGACUUGGAGCAGUUCAGUCUCUUUCUCUUCAACCUGUGGCAGAUAUAAAACAUUCAUCCGAAGCCCAUUUACUGAGGACUUUUCACAUGAUCAGCACUGACAUCAUCUUGGCCUCAUUCAAUGCUCCAAGCUUCUAUUUGUUUAUUUUGAAGAUUGCCCGUGAGAAAAGACAUGAGGGUGCAACCAGUCUCAAGAGCGCAAAUCCUCCACGAGUUUAAUUUGCAAUGCCAGGCCCUGGCUGCCAAUGACAACAGAGGCUUUAAACAGGAGUUUGAGGAGCUGAGUGAUGUUGGCAAAGACCUUCCCACCAGAGCAGGAGACUCGGAGGUCAACAGAGAGAAGAACAGAUACCCCUACAUCUUACCAUAUGAUCACUGCCGGGUGAGGCUGUCCGUCCAAAACUCCUAUCCACACACGGACUACAUCAACGCAAGUUUUGUGCCUGGCGGAGGAUCAGAAAGAGACUUCAUCUGCACUCAGGGUCCUUUGCCCAACACCAUGGCCGAUUUCUGGAGGAUGGUGUGGGAGCAAAACGUCAGGAUAAUUGUCAUGGUGACAGCUCUGAGGCACAAGGACGUAGUGCUGUGUGAUAAGUACUGGCCUCUGGAACCAGGGACAGUUUAUCAUGGGCUGAUCCAAGUGACAACAGUGUCUCGCAAACAAGGUCCAGAUUAUUUUAUCACGACCAUUAACCUCCGACAGAGAGACUGUCCGACAGACAGGAUCAUCACACACUACUACUACCCUUCCUGGCCGGACAGGGGCGUCCCUAAGAGCUCAGCCUCUGCCUGUGCCUUCACUGAGCAUGUGCGGCAGCAUCUGGAAGCCCUUCCUCGUCUGGGGCCAGCUGUGGUGCACUGCAGUGCAGGUAUUGGUCGAACGGGGACAUUUGUGACAUUGCUGUGGCUGAUACAGCUGUGUGCGAGGGGAAUCCGGCCUAACAUACGAGCUGCCGUGGAGGAUCUGCGUCUCCAUCGAAUGUGGAUGGUCCAGACUCUGGAGCAGUACAUAUUUGUUCACCUGUGUCUGCUACACUGGCUCAGUGGAGGAACCUCAGCAUGCACCCCACAGGGAGCCACUUCCAACGCUCACCCCCACAUGCAGGACCGAUCUCACAUCACCUCAGGACGGGGAGACCGAGCAGGGAGGAGGCAUCACCGCCAUCGACAGAGCAAACCUCCAUCAGAACAACCACAGAAUACAGUGCCGCUGAUGCUAAACCCUGGGAACCUACUGAGGAGAUUACUGCACUCCUCAUCACCAUUUAAUCCAGGAUCACACACCUCCUAGUCUAACACAGUGUAAGAUAUACAUGUGCAGAGACACUGAGUAAAAGAAAAAAUCAUGCAGUUCUCAGAUGCAAGACUGCAGAAAUAAUGCUGCGUAUACUGCAUGAGGACAGGCGCUGCAGGUGAAAAACCGGCCUGACAACAUGCAGAUAAAUGCAGAUGAGGAAACAACAGACGCAGCAAUUUGUAUUGCUACCACAAAGCAAAAUUAAGGAAAUAAUCUGCCGGAUCAGGUCAAACCUGUUCUUCUAUCAUCAGUGACCCAUUGCAGGAUUCAUGAGAAAAAUGAAGCCGUAAUGUUGAGUAUUAAAUGUUUCCUGUGUGUCGCUGAUCUGUA